GGAAAAUUUAAAAGGGUGCAUGGUCUGCUGCAAAUCGUCGUGGAGCCAGCUGCAGGACCUGUGCCGCCUGGAGAAGGUAUCCUGCACUUCCUUGGGCAUCUCCCGGAAGAACCUGUGUGACUUUGAGGUGGAAUACCUGUGUGACUACAAGAAGGUCCGGGAGCAGGAGUUCUACCUGGUGAAAUGGCGGGGCUACCCUGACUCGGAGAGCACCUGGGAGCCGCGCAAGAACCUCAAGUGCGUGCACAUCCUGAAGCAGUUUCACCAGGACCUGGAGAGGGAGGUGGUGCGGCGGCACGGCAAGCCGAAGCACCUGCGGCAGCUGGACCAGGGGCUGGCCGGCUUCCUGGUGCAGAAAGCCAAGCAGCGGCGGGCUCUGCGGCGCUGGGAGCGGGAACUGAAUGCCAAGCGCAACCACCGGGGCCGCAUCACGGUGGAGAACGAGGUCGACCUGGUCGGGCCGCCCCGGGACUUUGUGUACAUCAACGAGUACAAGGUGGGAGAGGGCAUCACCCUCAACGAGGUGGCCGUGGGCUGCGAGUGCGGCGACUGCCUGGCCGCCCCCGCCGACGGCUGCUGCCCCGGGGCCUCGCUCAACAAGUUCGCCUACAACGGCCAGGGCCAGGUGAAGCUCAAGGCCGGCAUGCCCAUCUACGAGUGCAAUGCCCGCUGCCGCUGCGGCUACGAGUGCCCCAACCGGGUGGUGCAGAAGGGCAUCCGCUACAACCUCUGCAUCUUCCGCACCGCCAACGGGCGCGGCUGGGGCGUCCGGACCUUGGAGAAAAUCAGGAAGAACAGUUUCGUGAUGGAGUACGUGGGCGAGAUCAUCACAUCCGAGGAGGCGGAGCGGCGGGGUCAGAUCUACGACCGACAGGGCGCGACCUACCUUUUUGACCUGGACUACGUGGAGGACGUGUAUACCGUGGACGCCGCGUAUUACGGCAACAUCUCUCACUUCGUCAACCACAGCUGCGACCCCAACCUCCAGGUGUACAACGUCUUCAUCGACAACCUGGACGAGCGACUGCCUCGCAUCGCCUUCUUCGCCACGCGGACCAUCCGGGUCGGGGAGGAGCUCACCUUCGACUACAACAUGCAAGUGGACCCCGUGGACGCCGAGAGCACCCGCAUGGACUCUAACUUUGGGCUGGCCGGUCUCACCGGCUCGCCCAAGAAGCGGGUCCGGAUCGAAUGCAAGUGUGGCACCGAGUCUUGCCGGAAGUACCUCUUCUAGGGACCGCGGACACUUACGGCCCGGAGGGCGGGAAGGACCCCAGCUGCCCCCCCGGACUGUCCAGCUGGGGCUCUGCCCCGCCACUGAAUUACUGAGAGGCCGGGAGCGGGGGUGGAACGGAGACCAGCCGGCUCGCCAAAACGCCUGCGGAGGAGACGCGCUGAGCAGAACCGGGGACCCUCGCGGAGACCUGGCUUAAUCAGGGAAAAGUUGAAGCUCGGGUGGGGUAGCGGCCCUGCUUGGAGGCAUCUCUUGAGGCCGGCUGUGGAGUUGGGGGCUCUCCUUGGAUCACCACGGCAACGCCCAGCUGCCCUCCCCACUCAGGUUUGCGGCUGCCCCAGACCUCGCUGGGGAAGAAACCUCUGGCCUGGGAUUGUCAGCCCUGCCCCAGGAGGCACUUAAAAUGGCAUUUUUUUCCCCCGCAUUUUUAAUGCUCCUUCUUCCUCUUUUGCCCACCCUGGCCACCCCUUCUCAUUCCCCAAAUUUCCCAGCUUCGAGAACGCCUAGUGGGACCGGGCACACGACCAAGGCCGUUGCUUCGGGACUAUCUCCUCCCUUCCGGAAGGGAGGACGGCCUUCAGACUCAGGCAAUUUUAGAGACAGAGCUGAGGGGGUUUUAGAAAGGACGACUCCGGGUAAAUUCAUCUGGGUUAGGGAUGGGUGCGGCGUCACCGUGCGGGUUGGCCGUACCCCCUAGGCCUUCGGGCUUGAAUGGGGUGGGCUUCAGCAGCAAGGUUCUGCUCUUAGGAUAGGACCACCGUCCCCUCGUUGCUAAUCCCUACAACUCUUCCGUGAGCCUCGUCUACACACCUUGUUUUUGAGGGUCUCCGUUCCAGUCCGGAAGGGCUGGGGGUGCUUGGACCCUGAGGCUUCACCAAGAUGUGGUUUACGCAUAUCUAGCUCAACCAGGCUCCUCCUGACCUUGCCUGUUUAGAGGGAAGGAUGGGAGCAGGCCGAAGACCGACCCAGGCAGACGCGCGGCUCUCUGGGCCCGAUUUGGGAAUAGAUGCUUUUUCUAUUACA